ACAUGGUGAAUUUGGUUUGGGUCAAAGGCAGAGAGUGAGUAGUAAGGAGCAAUUCCGAUCCUCAGUCUCAUCAUCAAGACGAUCGCCACACCUCAUCACCUCCAUUGACUCCAUCGAAUCAAUUCAAGAACAACCAUCAACCAUGGCGAGCUUUGCUACUAUUCCGUCCACAAAACCCUGCUGGCAAUGGCAUCCCACCAUCUGCAUUCCCCCAAACCCUAAUCACCCAAAUUAUUGCUUCAAUUUCCUCCCUCUCCCCUCAACCAAGCCAAGUCCCUUCCCCUGCCUCGCCGCCGCCCCUUCCAAUCCCGCCGCCGCAGCUCCCCUGGUGGUGGUCGGAUCGGCAAAUGCCGACAUCUACGUGGAGAUCGACAGGUUGCCGAAGGAAGGCGAGACCAUCUCCGCCAAAACUGGCCAAACCCUUGCCGGCGGCAAGGGUGCGAAUCAGGCGGUGUGCGCGGGGAAAUUGGCUCACCCGACCUACUUCGUGGGGCAGGUCGGGGAAGAUGCUAACGGAAAAUUGAUCUCCGACGCGCUGGCGAGCGGCGGAGUUUUACUUGACCGGCUGAUCACUGUCGGCGGCGCCCCCACGGGGCACGCCGUGGUGAUGCUACAGGGCGAUGGGCAGAACUCCAUUAUAAUUGUUGGAGGUGCGAAUAUGGAGUGUUGGCCGGAGAUUUUGGAUGAACAGAUUUUGGAAGUGGUCAGAAAUGCCGGAAUUCUUCUGCUGCAGAGGGAAAUUCCUGAUUUCGUCAACAUUCAGGUCGCAAGGGUUGCAAGGAGUGCCGGUGUUCCCGUGAUCUUGGAUGCUGGAGGGUUUGAUGCACCAAUCCCUCCCGAGCUACUCAGCAAUAUCGACAUUUUCAGCCCAAAUGAAACUGAGCUUUCACGUCUUACAAAUAUGCAAACAGAAACUUUUGAACAGAUCAGCCAAGCUGUUGGAAAAUGCCACAAAAUGGGUGUUAAGAAAGUGCUCGUGAAACUCGGAAGCAAAGGAUCCGCACUUUUCACAGAAGGGAAGGAUCCGAUUAAACAAGAUGUAAUAUCAGCUCGUAGAGUGGUUGAUACCACCGGAGCAGGUGAUACUUUCACAGCUGCUUUUGCUGUGGCGCUUGUCGAGGGAAAGUCAAAAAAAGAGUGUUUGAGAUUUGCCGCUGCGGCUGCUUCGCUGUGUGUUGAAGUGAAGGGCGCCAUACCGGGCAUGCCGGAUAGAAAUUCGAUUUUGGAUCUUCUAAAGAGUGUUUGAUUCACUCAUCUUGUGAGUAAUAUUUACAAAGUUUUGGGCAUAAAUAAGAUCCUCAGAAAGUUUUCACUGAUGAUUGAGAGCAGUUUAGGGUGUGUUUGGUUGCGAUUUCAAACACUAAUUAUUAUUCGCUCUGCACAAUUUUCAAUAAAAAUAUAUUUCUAUUUGUCCUAUA